AUGAGGUUUUCGGUUGGAUUGCUGCUCACGUGGGGGUGCGCAGGGGAGGGAGAAGCACAGAACAGGCAGCCGCUGGAGGGGUUGCACCUGGAAAAGCCGGCGCCCGCGCCGGCGCCGGCGGUUGCUGGUGUGUCGGCGGGAGGUCCGGCUGCGGUCGAGGGCAUGGGUCGCAGGCGACGUGGAGAGAACUCUCCGUGGGGGUUGCAGUUGAUGUCGGCGACUGCCUCGGCUUUUGACCGUUCUGCUUUUCCUCCGUGUUUCACCGACGCGGACUGCGUCAACGGGCUGAACGAGCGCGGCGUUUGCAACUUCGACGGGGAAGCCAAGGCGGCGAACUUGCUCGGGGCGGGUCGGAAGUCACGUUUGUCGGGCUUGCCGAAUUUGGCUAACGAGGAGAACGCCGCCGCGUUCGAGAAGUAUUUGAAGCGGUAUCUGUGGUCCGUGUUCCGGACGACGGUGACGAAGGAGCCGUUCGGGGUGUGCACGAAGCAAGACGAGCCGAUGUCGCCGCCGGUGUUGGCGGAGAGCCGGGCAUCGUUUGUGGACGAUAUGGGUUCGGGGGAGGAGAGUUGGGACGUGGUGGACGAGCCAUUGGAGUACGACUUGCCUUCGGUAUUGAAGAAGUUCGCGCCGGCGAACCGGUACCGGAUUGCGCUGGACCAGUUGCAGAGCGCGUUGAACAUCGGUUCAUUGGGGGAGAUCCAGUGUUCGCCGAUAACGAAGGUGGGUGUGUACGACGGGAAGGGCACGCCCACUCACGGACACACGCUGAACGGGGUGCCGAUCCACGGCGCGUUUCUGAUCAAGUACACGCCGCUGUUGACAUCCCCGGCGGCGGGGCUGCCGCUGCAGGUGGCGCCGAACAGUCAGAGUGUAGUGCGCUACAUCUCGGAGCCGUACGAGUACAUCGUGUCAGGGCACAAGCUCGGGCACAACCUGGCGCCUGGCGGAACGCCAACGGUGCCGAGUCAUCGCGUGCUGCAGCGGCGGGAGAUGAAAGGCAUUCUGGGCAUGGUCGCGGAGCUAGCCUCCGUGGCGCGGCUUCACCAGAACCCGGACGACCGUCUGCACGUGCUCCACGAGUACAUCGACCCUCAGGCCCUGGCCAUGUUGCGCCCGUCCAUCAUGAAGCUGCUCGAGUCCUAUGAGCCGCGCAUCUACCUCUCGCUCCGUGAACUGACCCACGGCGUGGAGAUGGGGAACGGCGUACUCACCCUCAUGUGUGACAACCCCGGCGAGGGAGUCGCCAACGUCGAAAUCACCUACUUCCUGCCCUCACUCUACCUCCUCAGCGCUCUCGGGCAACUCGUGGAACCUGGGGCCGUGCGGCAACCCAUAACCCUCAAACACUUCUUGUCUGCCGUCGACUUCUCCACUGUGGACCAAGGAGUCUGUCCAGCCAGGAUCCUCUGCGUUGACUCGCACUAA